AUCGCGCGCAUUACGUCUCCUCCAGUAUCUGCACAGAGAAAGCAAUGUCCCCCUCUCCUCGCGCCGCUACUGAUGCGCUCGAGGAAGUCCGGUGAUUGGAAGUCCCAAUUGGAAGUCCCAAUCACCCGCAGACAUGCGAGGUGCGUGUCUAUGGCUGUCCCUCACCUAUUUGGCCGCCAGCCCCGACGGGUUGGGGGCACGGGAAUACAGCAACUCAACCGUUAUCGGCGGGGUUCUAUUUGUGGAUGCAGAAGGGCUGUUGAACCUCUCAGACCCGUACACGUCCAACCGGACAAAUGUCUUCUCGCUGGACCUGGACGAGGGCACGCUCGCGGACUGGCACUCCAUGGCGGGUAAAAAGCGCUACGGGGGAGAGUCCCAGAACGCGACCGUGAAAUCCCUACUGGUCGUGGCUUACUCUUUCAUCAUUGUCAUCUCGCUGUUCGGAAACACGCUGGUGUGCCAUGUGGUGAUCAAGAACAAGCGGAUGCACUCCGCCACGAGCCUGUUCAUCAUUAACCUUGCGGUGGCAGACAUUCUCAUCACGCUGCUCAACAUGCCCUUUACUUUGGUUCGCUUUGUGAACAGCAGCUGGGGGUUCGGGAAGGGUAUGUGCCACAUCAGCCGGUUCGUCCAGUACUGCUCCCUGCACGUAUCCACACUCACUCUCACUGCAAUCGCGUUGGACAGACGCCAGGUCAUUCUCCACCCUCUGAGGCCCCGCAUGUCCCCGACUCGCGGCGUUGUGUGUGUGAUUCUCAUCUGGGUCAUGGCCAGCUGCUUCUCCUUGCCUCAUGCUAUCUACCAGAAGCUCCUAACCUUCGUGUACAGUAAGGAGAAGGUGCGCAGCCUUUGUGUCCCCGACUUCCCUGAGCCCUCUGACGUCUACUGGCAGUGCAUCGACCUCCUCACCUUCAUCCUCCUCUACGUCCUACCCCUCCUCAUCAUCACCGCCGCCUACUCAACCGUGGCUCGCCGCCUGUGGCGCCGUAAUGCUAUCGGGGACACUACCACUGCGCAGUUCGCUGUGCAGCGGCGGAAGCGGCGGCGCACCCUGACUAUGUUGUUGGCGGUUGUUGGGGUGUUCGCGGUAUGCUGGUUCCCUCUGAACUGCUACGUGGUGCUUCUCUCCAGCCAGGCCAUUCAGUCAUCCAAUGCCUUGUAUUUCUGUUUUCAUUGGCUGGCGAUGAGCUCAACGUGUUACAAUCCCUUCAUCUACUGUUGCCUGAACCCCGCCUUCCGCCAGGAGCUAAGGCUGCUAUUGGGCAUGUGCCAGAGGAGGGGGCGUGGAGGGGUGGGGCCGGUGCUGGUGGCUCCGCCCUCCUGCGCACCCUGCCACAGAGCCGCCUGGCCGGAGAGCCGCAAUGGUUCUCGGCUGAGUCACGCCUCUUCACACCCGAGCCACGUCUCUUCUCGACCAAGCCACUCCUUGUCCUCUCACCAGCCCCCUAAAGACAGGCAUGUCCUUUUCUCCGCUAGACAUGCCAGUAAAACAGACAUCCUAUCAGUGGAGCCUAUAGUAGCUGUCAGUUAACUUUGACUACCAGAAUGCAUUUGGGUUGGGAUUGAGUGAAUGAUAGAGUUUAUUUGACAAUUAAAGACGUGUAAAGUUGCUGCAUUAGGUGGUGAAUCCUGUUGAAGGACUAUGUUGUUAGCCAAAGACAGUGGGGGCUCUUGGACAGGAAAUGUGAGAUCUUUAAACUUUCAUGACAGCGCCACCUUCAGGAAGAAAUGUCUCACAUGGAUAGGAGUAGGGGUUGGGGAGGUCUAGCAACAAAUGCAACACCCAAACCAGCAACUAGUCUGUUAGCACAUACUGUAUACACUGAGUGUACAAAACAGUUAAGGACACCUUCCUAAUAUUGAGUUUACACCCCCCCCUCCCUUUUGCCUUCCGAACAGUCUCAGUUCGUGGGGGCAUGGACUCUACAAGGUGUCAAGUGUUCAACAGGGAUGCUGGCCCAAGUCGACUCUAAUGCUUCCCACAGUUGUGUCAAGUUGGCUGGAUGUCCUUUGGGUGGUGGGACAUUCUUGAUACACACAGGAAACUGUGGGUACUACCAUACCCUGUUCAAAGGCACUGAAUGGAACACACACACAAUCCAUUUCUCAAUUCUCUCAUGGCCUAAACAUCCUUCUUUAACUUGUCUCGUCCCUUUCAUCUACAAUGAAUGAAGUGGAUUUAACAAGUGACAUAAAUAAGGGAUCAUAGCUUUCACCUGGUCAGUCUAUGCCAGAGCAGGUGUCCUCGAUGUUUCGUACACUCAGUAUACAUUAGCAGAACAGUAUUGUCCCGGCAUAGACAGUUCUGCUUUGUCUCGGGACCGCGUUGCACCACAACCUGCAAAACUUCUCUGCCUCUCUUUAUAUUCUGGCUCUGUCUAGUUAUUUUGUCUCGCUUUCCGAAUAAAUCACGGACAAUUAUAUCCGUUAUUGGACAUGAAAAGGCGGUGGAAUUUUGUAAUUUCAACAGCUGCUGUUCAUUCCAAAAAAAUAAUAUUGUCUUCAUCCCCACUGAUCGCCCACUACACACAGAUUAUUAAGUGUUGUGGUGGGUCCCUGACAGCUUUUCAUUUCAUUUUUGUUGAAGACAGAACUCUCUAACCAGUGGGGGUGAAGACUGUGAGCGCAAUAUUCCGCUCCCCGAGUUUCACUGCUGCUAUGUGGAGUUGCAGGAAGGCGAGGGGCGGAUGGAGCUAGAGUUUGAAGGAACAAUCUGUAACUUUCACUUCACGUCGGAAGUGCUAUCUCUGCACGUUGUGUAUACUGUGGCGUUGGGUCUCGCUCGGCAAAUGUAACUGAAGGUGACCCACAGAAUUUCAGUAACUCUGUAGCAGGUUCUGUGCAUUUGCCAAGAUCCACUCCUAAUGUUUGCAAACAUGUGGAGGGACAGCGCUUUUAACCAUUGACUGUAAACGAAAGUAACAGACCGAACCUUUAAGAUCUGAUAAGAGUUCAGGACCGUGGGAAAGAGGAAGGGGGUAAGCUUUUGUGGUCCCCGAAAAUGAGCAGAUAUGUGCACCACGUCAUUGCGGUCUCUCGCUCUGCUGUGUGUGAUUCUUGCUAGCUGUCACUCAAAUGGCGAGGGGCUGAAGCUCAUUGGCCGGAAACUGCUAGAGGGCUGGCCCACGUGUGGGUAAAUGUAGGGAUUUCGUGGCUAAUUGACAUAAAAUCGUAAUUCUGCCCAUAGAUUUAUGUACUGUAUGUAUACAUAGACACAUCCAGCCCAAAGCGGGAGGUAAAAGAAAAAACGUUAUAAAAUACUAGUUGCCAAAGUACCAGAGCAUAAAUGUAUAAAUGGGCUCCCGAGUGGUGCAGUGGUCUAAGGCACUGCAUCUCAAUGCAAGAGGCAUCAUUACAGUCCCUGGCUUGAAUCCAGGCUGGAUCAGAUCUGGCUGUGAUUGGGAGUCACACAGGGCGGCACCCAAUUGGCCCGUCUGGGUUUGGCCGGGGUAGGCCAUCAUUGUAAAUAAGAAUUUGUUCUUUUAACUGACUUGCCUAAUUAAAUCAAUAUUAAAUAUGUAUAUUUUUCAGUUGGAUAAAUAUAUUAAAGAAAAAAGUGGUGAACUAUACUUGACGGAAGGAACCCUAUAGGCCUGGUCAAAAGUAGUGCACUAAAGUAGAACAGGGUGCUAUUUGGGACACUUUCUAUAAUGAGAAUGGUACUGGUUAUAUUAUGCAUUAGCUUGUUGGAAAUUAGGCACCGAGUAACCUCGUUCGCAGGCUCAAUUACAGAGAGAGCCAGCUGGUGGUGUGAUAACAUGCGUCUUGGUGAGAGGUGUAGGAGUCAGGCGCAGGAGAGAGCAGGGAUGUCUGAGA